CAAUAGCCGGCUGGGUUCACUGAAGACAGCAAUGCUGCUCGUGGUUUGCGUUCUCUUGUGUAGCGAUCGAUUGCUACUGCCUGAGUCGUCUGAUGUAAAGAUGGAUGCCUUCCGAUAUAGCCCCGUCUUGGCCAAUGCAUGCUGCUUUACAGCAUGAACACAGAAGUGUGGGCUCUUCUAAUUCUGGCAAAUGAAAAUGGAUGAGAUUUCGAUGUCCAGCCUGGACAACAGCAAGCUGGAGGGUGUAGCUCAGGACAUCCUUUCUGACCUGGUGGAGGAUGCUUGUCUGGGCCUGUGCUUUGAGGUCCACCGGGCCGUCAAGCAGGGCUACUUUUUCCUGGAAGACACGGACCAAGAAACCAUGCGGGACUUUGAAAUUGUGGACCAGCCAGGAGUGGAUGUGUUCGGGCAGGUGUACAACCAGUGGAAGAACAAGGAGUGUGUCUGUCCCAACUGCAGCCGGAGCAUCGCUGCGUCACGCUUUGCCCCGCACUUGGAGAAAUGCCUGGGCAUGGGGCGCAACAGCAGCCGCAUCGCCAACCGCAGAAUAGUCACCGGCAACAACACUAACAAUAAAUCAGAGAGCGACCAGGAGGAUAAUGAUGACGUCAAUGAUAACGACUGGUCCUACGGGGCGGAAAAGAAAGCGAAGAAGAGAAAAUCAGAUAAGAAUCCAAACUCACCCAGGAGAUCCAAAUCAUUUAAACAUAAGAGUGGUAUGAUGGGCGCCAGACGGCGUAUGGACAACCAGGAGAGCCCACGCAUGCUGAUGAAAGACGAGGCCUUCCCUCAGUGACAGACACACAGGAAGACCAUUCAGAGUCCACCCUGGCUCCUUUUGUUUUUCAAUGGACCAUGACAGAUGUGUAGUAGACUAUUGCUAAAUGGGUCGUGUUCAUUAAGCACCACACUGAACAAAACUGACUGAUACAUGGAGGUAGUGACUGAACUUCUCCAAUAAGAAAUGCUUGUUUGUUUCUCCAUUGUGAAAUGUUUUAAAAUGUUUUGUUACUGUGUGCCCUAAUGAACACAACACUGCUGAAGCAGUCCAGAGACCCCCUGCACUAUGUCUCUUCCUUUUUUCCCCUCCACCGAAUCGUUGCACCAAUAAUCAUUAUUUUAUAUCAUACAUUAUUUUAUCAAUAGGUAGCUCUUGGCUGGCCUCUUUACGAAAUAUUGUGUUAAAAUCUGUCAAUGCACAGAUAAGGAGUGAGGUCGUACAGUGGCUAGGUAGAGGCAGUCGAGGUCAGAGCAAUGGAUACUAAGGACAAUUUGAUUAUGCACUGACUUUUUGAUGAUAUUAUCAGUCAAGAAGUCUUUUCAACUAUCAUUUUUUUGACAAGAACAUAAUUAUGGACAAAUGGACAGUUAAAAUCAGAAGUCGCACAACUUACAGGCAAUAAUAAUUAGUGGUUUGUCAUUUUAUUACUCCAUAUUCACAGUGUCAACAUCAUGAUUCUCCUACUGAUGAGUAUGCUGAAAGGACUCCCGUCACUUGUCAUAUACCUGUGGAAAUAGGUUUUGAAAUAAACUGCGAACUCCUUGCAGUAGAACAUGGGUUAAUCUUUUCAUUGUUUCAUUGUAGAUGAGUAGUUAGUUAGGCUUGUUUUCUAGCAUUCAAAACAUUCUUUAUUAUUUGUUUACAUUGUAAAGGGUUAUAUGUGUCCUCAGUGUUGUGAUAGUGUAAAUAUUUAAAUAGUUGAAAUGCUGCUAUCAUGGCUUUGUAUUUGUUCAUCUGUCAAGUAAUAAACGAUUGUCAUCUGUC